CUCGGACCAUGGCGGCCAUGGCAUCAACCGCCACCCUGAUUCCGCGAGUACCGGUUGCUUGAGUUUCAUUGUUGUGAGUCAAGACUCGGUGCCUGUUGGUUGAGUUUAGGUAAUCUGGUCCAAGGCGUGAAUGCCAUCGCGAAUAAUGUUUGUAGGCGAUCAACUGUCAAGAUUUCGAGGGUACAACACUUUGAUCCACAUCUUUCAGUCUCAUCUUGUCCUUCUAUCCUUAUCACUUACUGAACUUGUGACUCUCGUGACCUUAUCUCCUCAUGCACUUUACUCCCGUCCUUCUGGCUCACAACCUCAACGUAUCAGUGUAAAAAGCCCGCUCCUCAAAGAACUUCGCACUUUGCUUCUCACGCAUCCAUCCUUUCUCUAAUUCAAGUCCCAACCGAACACUUCAUCACCACAAGCUCCAACCCACCACCUAACCUCAACUCAAAAUGGCCUCCCCAACCGCAACCAUCCCCCCACCCACCACCCCCCUCCGCCUCGCCAUCCUCGAAGCCGACACUCCCCCCGCCGGCGCACACGCCCGCUACUCGGGCUACCGCGGCGUCUUCACGCACUUAUUCACCCGCGCCCUGGCCUCCCCAGAGCACCCCUUAUCCUCCUAUCUAACCAUAACCGCCCACGACGUCGUCAACAACAUCUCACCCUCGGAUCCUUACGGCGAUUACCCGUCCCUCUCGGAAGUCGACGCAAUCUUGAUCACGGGAUCCAAGCACAGCGCGUAUGAGAAUGACCCCUGGAUUCUGACUCUGACGGAGUUUGUGAGGAGGGCUAUCACUGAGGGUGACGCGGAAAACGGAGGGAGGACGAUCAAAGUGUUGGGGGUCUGUUUCGGACAUCAGAUUGUCGGACGAGCGCUGGGGCAGGUUGUUGAGAGGAAUGAGAAGGGGUGGGAGGUUAGUGUGACGCGGGUUGGGUUGACGAGUGUUGGGAAGGGUUUGUUUGGGGGGAGGGAAGACUUGAAAAUCCAGCAAAUGCAUCGUGACCAUGUCGUAGGCGUUCCCGAGGGCGCGCAACUCCUUGCUUCUACGGACGUCUGCGAGAACCAGGGGUUCAUUAUUCCGGGGAAGGUGUUGACGGUGCAGGGCCACCCGGAGUUUACGACGGAUAUCAUGGAGGAGUUGUUGGAGUUGCGAAGGGCGACCGGUCUUUUCAACGAGGAGCUGUUUGGAAGUGGUGUGGAAAGGAACAAGGUGGAUGAUGGUGUGUUCAUAGCCCAGGCCUUUUACAGGUUCUUGCUGCAGGAAUGAGCCGAGGGUGGCGAUGGAUAGAGUACAAUAUCAGAUUUGGAUGGAUGGAUGAAUGUUGGAUGCAGAAAUCAGGAGUAGCAUGGCAAGGUACGGGCUCAUAUCAUAUGAAACACAUUAAAGGAAUGGACCAUCGUUGUGUUGGU